CUCACACUAGCAGAGAGAGCAGAGCGACGUGCAGUCUGGUCGUUAACCGCCUCACCGCGCAGCUCCGAGCACACACAGCCGAAAGAGGAGCGGGAUUGAGAAGUUUGUUCGUACCGACAGUUCCGUUUCAACAUUUAUCUUCCCCGCCAAUCGAACACUUUUAUGUGAACGAGCAGGUUAGUUCCACCUGCUCGGUGCCUCUCAAACUUUCAAAGGACGCUACGGUUCACCUGAGGUGCACGCGGACAUCGUUUGCAUGAAACUGUGGCCAGAUAAAGGCAGUGGAUGCAACUACGCUCCAUUUAUAGAAGAAAGGUGGAAGAUUGGGAGAGGCUCUAAGGAGAACCAAGCAAAAACGGGCAGUCACACCUCAACCAACAUUCCCUCCAAACCCAGCCUGAAGAACACAAUGUCCCUCAGCACAUUCCACCUCAUGCAGACCCUGAAGAACUCUCCUGCCGCGUUACGGCGCCGCUUCCGCCGUGACCGAACAGAGUCUUUGUCCCAUGGCGAUCCUCUAUUUAAAGUCCACUACUUGGGCACAGAGAAAAUCUUCUCUCUGGACCGAGAGCAGGCCCAGGACGCUAUUACUCAUUUGCUGGAAGGUAUUGCUAAUGGGAAGAAGCUGAGAAAAGAUCACGCUCUGGUGGUGCGCCCCCGAUACGUCGAGGUUAAAGAACUGAGCACAGGACGGCAGCUCACUAAGACGUACCUGCAGGACAUUGCGUACUGUGCCGCAGAUGCCAACCGACCCAAUGUCUUCUUGUACAUCUGCAAACAUCACGGGCAGCAGCUGCAGUGUCGGGUGUUCUGGUGCAGUCGUGCAGAGCGGGCGCGAGACAUGACGGCUUGCCUGGCACAUUCCUUCCAGCAGGCGCUGAGCGACUGGCAGCAGGACGGCUCGGCCACGCUGCUGCCAGGAGAGACAAAAGGAAAACGUGUAGAGGAGUCGUCCAACUCUCAUGCUAACACGAAGAGCUCUACGCUGCCGGCCAGUCUGGGAAAAGUUCGCUGGAAGAAGAGAGGCUCUGUGUCGCGCAGCCCCCUCAAAGCCAUCACCAGAAGAGGAUCUGCCUCUGACACCUGGAACUGAAGCCCCGCUGUAACACGUCAAUGUGGGACCACAUUAACCUGAUGACAACCUCAAGGGUGAAGGCACUGAACGAACUAAGGGAGGGACUGAUUGCAAGACAUGAGGAAGGACAAAAGGGAUGAAACUGGGAAGUGAGAAAGUCCACAUUUGAAUGUGUGAGGACUGCUUGUGAGAGGAUGAUGCCAUAAUCAGUGGACUUGAAGGUUUUUGACGCAGCAAAGUUGUCUGUUGUCUUUUGCAAGAGUCGCGUCCAAACGGCACAAAACGCUGCCUUUUUGUUCACUUGUCAACAGAUAUGUGAGGACUUGUGACUGACUGGACAUGAGGCCAUUUGAGGACUGGAUUGGGGCAAGUCCAUGUCUCGUUUUGGUUGGCUUGCUUGUAAAGUAUUCAGCUUGAUACUGAAGCCACCAAAGAAUUUGUUCUGUUGGAAAGACACCAACAACAAUACUGGCUGUUGGCCAAAUAUUCCACAGGCAAAACUGGAAAAGACAAGGAGAGUCUGGAUGUUUUUGAAGUUUGAUUUUUAUUUAACUGACAUUUGUGACCGGUCAAGAUGAUUUUUUAUUUUUUUUAAACCCUGUGGCAUGAGCAAGCUUGUCUCUGUUCUCUACUUUGGUAUUGGAUGGACAAAUUCAAGGUGGAUGGAAAAUGCAGGCAUAUCAUACAAAAGUCAAGUUAAAAUUCUUAGUCUGUAAUGCGCAUAAAUGCAGUUAGUCAUAUUUUAGCACUUUUUAAUUAGUCCUUUUAUUCAAUAAUCUUAAAGUUCUAUUCAAGGAAUCAAAAAUGUAUUAUUAUUUUAAGAGGUCAUCAGUUUCCAUGAAAUGUAUGACAGGCCCAGCACCUGCAUCAUAAAAUCAAAAACAGACCCUUGCAGAAAUUGCAGGGUCAACAAAACCCUUCACUUACACAUCCUGCAAAAAAACGAGAAAAAAAGCAGCAGAUCCCAACCGUCAUCCGUGAUAAGUUAUUUGCAUUUAUGUGGAAAAACACACUCAGCCAUGACUUGCGGCUUUUUGUUUGUGUGUGUCCGAACACUGGGAACACUGUGUUCCCAUGUGGAGCCUCUGUGAGGAAUGCAUAGCCAUGCACCUGCAUUCCAAUUGGGGGGAAAUUUGAGAUCGGGAAUCUUCUUAAAAGCCCCAAAUUCCUCUUCAUGUCCAUCCAUGACUUUGCAUGUUGAGCAGCCUAGUCAGUAAAUGCUACAAUGUGCUUUUAGCUGUUGAGCCCUCCGCUUUUUCACAUCACCGAAGCCAUAAAAGGUGCCCGAGCUACUUAAGUCCAUUUAAAGUGACGGUUAUAGGCAUUGAUAUGUGCUGCAUUGCAUAACAGGCUCUCAUGAUGGUGAUUUCAAUCUUAAGGUUUACAAAUGAGAGACUUGAGGAUUAGUGGUACGCCCUGAAGCUACCAUUAACUUCUCAUUUUGUGUUUUCUGACCAAAACUAAGCUAGAAAUUCUCCUUUUUUAAACAGGAAAGGUGUCUGUAUUUUUUGACUGAUGUGCCACUAGGUUUUUUUUUGUCAGUUAGUUUUUUUUUUAACUUUUUGUACUUGAUGUAUCUUUUCAGUUACAAAUGGCACAACCCUCAUCUCAGAAAAGGGGUUAAUAUGCCUGCUUUAAGAUGUAUUUUAUCAAUGUACUGUUUUAUGUCACUGUACAUAUUUAAUUAAAUAUGUAUUUUAUGAAAUAUUAAAACUUUUUAUACAGCA